ACCAUCAUCAAGCGAAAAACAACUACAAUGAGACCUCAAAUGAUCCUCCUCCUAACGAUCUUCCUCGCCGUCCUCCCUCUCGCGGCCAUCGCCACCGUCAGCCGGAAGCCUGCGGCCGGAGCCUGGGAGCCGAUCAAGGACGUGCACGAUCCGCACGUCCAGGCGAUCGGCCGGUUCGCGGUCGGCGCAUUCAACAGCAAGCACCACGCCCAGCUCGUUUUCAAAGACAUCAGAAGAGGGGAGACUCAAGCCGAUCACGGCACCAAGUAUUUCCUGCAUCUCCUCGUGGCCCAGCCAUCGUCGCCGUGUUACGCGGCCCUCGUACUAGAGAAGCCAGGGAAGCAGCCCUUGGAGCUUUUGUCCUUCGAGGGCGAUACUUGCUGA